AACAAAAAAAACAAAAAGGAUCCGAGGAAAUGCUGCUCUUUUCCCACUUUCCUUUUUCUCACUGUGUCGUCAUUUCGAUGGGAGGCUUCGGUCGAUGUUCCCGCUCUGCUGAUCCCUAACGGAAUCAUGUUUGUUGGGUUCGGAGGAUGUCUCGCCUUGCUAACUUUGCUUCCGAAGUGCCUUCAUGGAGUUCUAGGAACUGCUCCCAAAGCUCUUUGGAGGAGUCGUAGUUGCCGAUUCGAUUGACUUCCUAGGGCGGAAGAACGCUGAGCAGAUGUAAUUCUGCUUUACCAUUCACCACGAAAUCGGUUUGCUCCUUCUUUGUCCACUGUAAUCUGCUAUGGCUGAUAAGGAAUCUGUUGCUACACUUAUUGAUUCUACUACUACAAAGAUACAGCAAUUGCAUCAGGCAUUUGUUGAACUUGAGAGUCACAGUGCCAUAUCUCUGAACUUGAAAUGGAAAGAACUAGAAGAACAUUUUCAUGGCCUUGAGAAGUCUCUAAAGAAAAAGUUUAUUGAAUUGGAAAAUCAGGAGAAGGAAUAUGCUACACAGUUCAUGAAUACCCAAGAGAUGCUGGAGAAACGGAAGGCUGCUGUUGUAACCAAGGAGCUUGCAUCACUAGAUAAAUUGCAGGAAAAGAGAGAUGCUGCUCUUGCUGCUUUAUUUGAUCAAUACAAAACCUGUUCCCCAGAACUUAUUGCUGAUGGUGAGGGUGCUAGAAAUGUCAUGGCUGAUGUUAUUCUGGAAGAAAAAUUCUGUGUUGUACCGUCUAAUUCUGACUUAGAUGUGUGUCCUACAGCAAAUGGAGAUGCUGGCAUUGAACACCCAUCAGAGCUGGUGAAACUCUGUGCAGAAAUGGAUUCAGAAGGACUACAUAAAUUUGUCUCAAACAAUAGGAAGAAUGUAAAUUCCAUACGUGAAGAAGUCCCAUUUGCACUUAAAAGGGCACCAAAUCCUUUCAUUCUAGUCUUGGAUUCCCUGAAGGGCUUCUACACUACAGAGAAUAUAGGAUUGAAGAAAGAUGGGAAUCUUUUGGGUCAACGAAGGACUUGUCUCAUGCUAAUGGAAUCACUCGAACAGUUGUUGGCUGAUGAUGCACAAGAUUCACUGCCGGAUCAGAAAAUACUGACACCAGAUAUUAAAGAGAAAGCAAAGGUAAUAGCUAAAGAAUGGAAACCAAAAUUGGAUCAUCUGGACAUUGAAGCCAGCUGUGGAAACUCAUUGGAAGCACAUGCAUUUCUUCAGCUUUUGGCUACUUUUGAUAUUAUCUCAGAAUUCAAACAAGAUGAAAUCUGCAAACUAAUGCCAGCUGUUACACGGCGCCGUCAAACUGUCGACUUGUGUCGUUCACUUGGUUUGUCACAUAAAAUGCCAGGUUUGAUUGAAGUUCUUCAGAAUAGUGGGAGGCAACUUGAGGCUGUUAAUCUUGCAUAUGCAUUUGAGCUUACAGAACGGUUCACUCCGGUUCCAUUGCUGAAAGAGUAUCUAAAGGAGGCAAGAAAGGUAUCUCAGGUUAAAGCUGGAAGCAUGUCACCUGGUACACAGAAUGAAAUGAAUGAACGUGAAUUAUCUGCUCUUAAAGCUGUCAUCAAAUGCAUCGAGGAACAUAAGCUGGAGGAGCAAUACCCUAUCGAACCACUGCAGAAGCGUAUUAUACAGCUAGAGAAAGCAAAGGCAGACAAGAGGAGAGCUGCAGAAGCUGCAAAGCCCCAGUCGAAGAGGCCUCGUGCUGGCGGAAGCAUUUACAAUCCUCGUGUCACUGGCAUACCCGACAAAAGCUUUUACCGGGCAGCAUCCGAAAGGUUUGCUCACCCAUAUGACAGCCCUGAGAGGUUCCCAUACCCUUACGAAAGACAAUAUAUCUAUGCUGCUGAAAGCCAUCACCCUACUCUGAUGGGAUCGACUCCAUACCCCAUUUCCCCUACUCAUCCCCCAUAUUAUGGAAAUGCUUACCGAGUCCAGUACCAGACUGCCUAUUUGCACUAAUGGAGACAGCUACAAUGAUCACGAUCUCGUCUAACUAUUAGCACUUUAACCCACUGGGUCCUAUAUGUUAAUCUCAUAAAUCUGCAUAACCAGAAGAUUUUAUCUAUCUGUAUUAAUGUGUGUUAACCCUUUUGACUGACGCAGAUGUUUUUCUUCUAAUGUUCAGUUUGAUAUUUUUUAUCA